AUGGGAGAUAAUUCGGGAAUCCUGGAAGGUGUUAAUCGUCUGACUAUUCUGGAGGAGGAGGAAGAUGUGUUGGAUUAUUCAGCGGAGGCUAAUGUGAGGGAGGCGGAGACUUCAGGUUGGCUGGUUGGCAGAUUCUUAACUGACAAAAUUGUUAAUCUCAUAGCAAUGAGACAGAUGAUGGCUUUCGUUUGGAAGCCGGUUAGAGGAGUUAAGGUGUCGGAGAUAAAACCAAACUUGUUUUUAUUUCAGUUCUUUCAUGAGUUAGACCUGGCGAGAGUGGUUAAUGAGGGACCUUGGACGUUUGAACAUCACCUGUUCUUAUGUCAGGAGGUCAAGCGAGGGGCAAUAGUGGAGGAUAUGGAACUUUGGCAUGCAGAUUUAUGGGUUCAUGUGGUUGAUAUUCCCCUGGGAUAUGCGUCGGAAAAGUUGGCCCAAGAUGCUGGGAAGGUGCUUGGUGGAUUCAUUACGCAGGAUUUCAAUCCUGGCAAGACUGUGGGGGCUAAUACUUUACGAGUAAGGGUGAGAGUUGAUAUUCGUAAACCAUUGAAGAGGCGUAUGAAGUUUAAGCGUGGUCCAAAUGAGUGGAGCUGGCUCAAUUUUCAGUACGAACGUAUCCCGAUGUUUUGUUUCUACUGUGGUGUGCUAGGGCACUCAGAAAAAUAUUGUGAGAAGUAUUUUGAUAAUCCAAUACCUAGGGAGCAGCUGCCGUAUGGAGUAGAGAUGCGUUUUAAUCCGAAGAAAGUUGAUUCGAAGCUAGGGGAUAGGUGGUUGCGAGAUGAUAGUCCAGUUAGGGUUUCUAAGGUACAAGACGAUGAUGACGUGGAAGCCCUUAAUGGAAAGAUUACGGGAAAUCUGUCUAUCCAGAAUUCAAAUUUAAAUUUUGGAAAGGGCGGUGAAUACAGGAGUGAUUUGUGUGGAGGUUAUGGGAAGGAUAAUGGAAAUUGGAAGGUGACCAGCUCAAAUAAGCAACAGAUCCCUUAUUCUAAGGGAUUUGAUGAUACUCAGAUAUUAAACGUUGAGGAUGUGGUAGUUGCGGAUGCCAAAAGAAAAAGAAGUAAUAAAGGGGAUGGUUUAUUGGCAUUGGAUAUUGGGCCUAGCUUUCAUAAUUCAGAUAUGAUGAUAGACUCAACAAGUGACAGACCGGUGGGCCCUGGGUUCCAGGCCCGCCCAGCACAAUGA